CGGAAGUGGCCGAGGCAGCCCUUUUUGCUGCAAAAAAAACCAAAAAAAAAAACCACAAAACAAAACACGGAAGUAGAGUUAGAGGAGGAAGAUGGCGGCCGUGCGGAUGUUGUUGGUUGUUGCGCUGCUUGUUUGUGUCAGCAGCGGGUCCUUGGAGUCUGCCCUGGGAGACAGUGCCUCCUGUCAUAUGGUGUGCGAUGAGACCUACCCCCUGCACACUUACCCCGAGGAGGAGGAGCUUUUCGCUUGCCACCGGGGAUGCCGUCUGUUUUCGAUCUGUCAGUUUGUGGAGGAUGGAAACGAUUUGAAUAAAACUAAAACAGAGUGUGAAUCAGCGUGUAUUGAGGCCUAUCCUAAAUCCAAUGAGCAAUAUGCCUGUCAACUGGGUUGCCACAGCCAGAUGCCUUUUGCAGAGAAGAGGCAGGAAGAACUCUCUGAUAUGGUCCCACGGAUCCAUAUACUUUUCCCUUUGACUCUGGUGAAGACCUUCUGGGGUGACAUGAUGGAUUCUGCCCAAAGCUUCAUCACAUCAUCCUGGACUUUCUAUGUCCAGGCAGAUAAUGGGCAGAUUGUCGUUAUCCAGACGCAACCAGAAAUUCAGCACUUUGGCCCAUUACAACCAGGAAAUCCACCAAUGGACAUAAUGCUGGAAAAAAUACCAUCAGAUAUGGCACCUGGUGAAUCUAUAGGAGAUGGACCUUGGAACCACAGAGCUGGAUUUCUAAGCUUUGAGAGUGGAGAUCGUAUUAUGAAAUGCUUUUCUAUGAAUUCAAACUGGCUUCUUACUGCAACUUUAAUCCUGUCUGUCAUGGUGUUGCUUUGGAUGUGCUGUGCCACAGUAGCUACAGCAGCAGAGCAGUACAUACCUUCCGAGAAACUGAGUAUCUAUGGUGAUAUGGAGUACAUGAAUGAGCAGAAGUUGUACAAAUACUCACCCACGUCUCUUGUGGUCGUCCACGGCAAACCCGAAUCAAAUGAAGAAGCAGGACCUCUACCAGCAAAAGUGGACCUUUCACAGUCAGCCAUAUAAGCUUAGUGGUCCUACUGCCUUUUUACAUUCUUCUUUCACCCCAAAACCUGAGAGACACCUGCAACAUUGGGAUUUUUUUAAAAGCUGAAUAAAGGACAAUUGUUUAGAGUCUGAGUCUCAUGGUGGAUGGUAAAGUUGGACUUUCUGGCCUCUGUGCUUUGCUGUAACUGGCUUUAGUGAUAAAAUUGUCUUUGGGGCUAGGUAUAAUUCUAUAAAUCCUUCCCUAAUAAGGGUGGUUGGCACAUUAUUUUGUUAAUCUGCACCUCAAUAUGAAGUC